AGAAUUUGACGUCAAAACAUUUUAGUGGAGCCGAUGGGGACUAGCCUGGUGAGAUGCUCUCCCGGUAACGCAUUAUUCAGAGCUCUCAAACCUCCGAAUUCAAAGCUUUUUGGAUUUUCUUCGAUGUCGGUUCGCUACGAUGGAUCGAAUUCUCGUGGGAGGGCAUAUGAUGCUUUGCUUUUGGACGCUGGAGGUACCCUUUUGCAAUUGGCAAAGCCAGUUGAGGAGACUUACUCUGCAAUUGGAAGAAAAUAUGGUUUGACUGUGACACCAGCUGAGAUAAAGCAAGGGUUUAGGAGAGCAUUUGCUGCCCCUUGGCCUGAAAAGCUACGUUACCAGGGAGACGGGAGGCCAUUUUGGAAGCUUGUGGUUUCUGAAGCCACGGGUUGUGCUGAUGAAGAUUAUUUUGAGGAAGUUUAUGAGUACUAUGCAAAUGGUCAUGCGUGGCAUCUUCCAGAUGGAGCUUAUGAAACAAUUUCCCUUCUCAAGGAUUCAGGAGUUAAGAUGGCCGUUGUUUCCAAUUUUGACACUCGAUUGAGGAAGCUAUUGAAGGAUCUUAGUGUAUUAAAUCUGUUUGAUGCUAUUAUUAUAUCAUCAGAAGUUGGAUAUGAAAAGCCAGAUCCAAGAAUAUUUGAAGCUGCUUUAGAUCAAGUUGAAGUAGAGGCAAGCAGAGCCUUACACAUAGGAGAUGAUAAAAAAGCAGAUAAAUUAGGGGCCAAUGCAGUUGGAAUAGAUUGUUGGUUAUGGGGAACUGAUGUGAAGACAUUCUCUGAUAUAAAAAUCCGCAUUCUCAAUUUGGAGUCAUAGUUUUCAACCAUAGAAGCAAUCUUGGGAGUUUUGUAUUAGGUCGUGUUAGUGAUGUUAUCUAUCCUCUUGAAUUUCUUAUCUAUGUUGCAAUGAUGCCAUGAAAUAAUUGCUGCUUAAGUUUUCCUAAAUAAUAUGGUGUAACUAUUAUAAUUGUGUUCAUAAUGAACAGCAGCCAAAUGAACCCCUUUGUCUGAUAGCAGAAAUCGCUUAUUCCGCUUUUAAAGCA